AUGGCCGAGCAGGUGCCCAAGUCAGUGCUAUUCGUGUGCCUGGGUAACAUCUGUCGGUCACCGAUUGCAGAAGCAGUUUUCAGAAAACUUGUAACUGACCAAAAUGUUUCAGAUAAUUGGAGGAUAGACAGUGCAGCGACAUCCACGUAUGAAGUAGGGAACCCUCCUGAUUAUCGGGGGCAAAGCUGCAUGAAGAGGCAUGGUAUUCCCAUGAGUCACGUAGCCCGGCAGGUGACCAAAGAAGACUUCACCACAUUUGAUUAUAUACUGUGUAUGGAUGAAAGCAAUCUGAGGGAUUUGAAGAGAAAAAGUAAUCAAGUUAAAAACUGCAAAGCUAAAAUUGAACUACUUGGGAGCUAUGAUCCACAAAAACAGCUUAUUAUUGAAGACCCUUAUUAUGGGAAUGACUCUGACUUUGAGGCGGUGUACCAACAGUGUGUCAGGUGUUGCUCGGCGUUCCUGGAGAAGGCGCACUGAGGCUGGCCAUGCUCUGCUGCAGGCGGUGAUCCGUCCCCACCCUCUGCAUUUCUCAGCCAGUGUGCUCUACAGUCCAA